UGAAAACACAGGAAGAAAAAAAGAGGGGGGAUUCACAAGAAGCCAGCCAGCAGCUGGAGGAGGAAGAGGAGGAGGCUGCACUGCGGAAUAACGGGAGCUAAAAAGAGGAAGAGGCUGUAGCUACCGCUGCUGCUGCUUGUCGUUGAUCCAGCAAAUCAGGUUUGUGGUCUGCUUACAAUCACAAAGAUGGCUGCUUCAUCUUCCUGCAACGUGGAAGACGACGAGAGCCUAAAGGGAUGUGAGCGUUAUGUUCAGAAGCAUAAUAUCCAGCAGAUUCUGAAAGAGUGCAUUGUCAACCUCUGUAUAGCAAAACCUGAUCAGCCUAUGAAGUUCUUGCGGGAACAUUUUGAGAAACUGGAGAAGGAAGAAUGCAAACAGAUACUGGCUUGGCAGAAAUCCAACUCCCAGUCAGAUUCUCAUGAUGAUGAAAUUUCUCCUCCACCUCCAAACCCAGUGGUCAAGGCGCGACACAGAAGGGGAGGAGUCAGUGCAGAAGUGUACACUGAAGAAGAUGCAGUUUCGUAUGUCAGGAAGGUUAUUCCCAAGGACUAUAAAACCAUGACUGCUCUUGCAAAGGCCAUCUCCAAGAAUGUGCUCUUUGCUCACCUUGAUGAUAAUGAGAGAAGAAGCUGCUCAGAAAGCAGGCAGAGAGAUCCUUUUUGGCCCUGUUUGGAUUUACACCGCACUGCUCUUUCCUGCAGUGACAUAUUUGAUGCCAUGUUCCCUGUCACACACAUUGCUGGAGAGACUGUCAUACAACAGGGAGAUGAAGGAGACAACUUUUAUGUGAUUGAUCAAGGAGAAGUGGAUGUGUAUGUGAAUGGAGAAUGGGUUACCAGCAUUGGAGAAGGAGGCAGCUUCGGGGAACUUGCGCUUAUCUACGGAACACCACGAGCUGCCACCGUUAAAGCCAAGACAGACCUCAAGCUUUGGGGCAUUGACAGGGAUAGCUACAGGCGCAUUCUAAUGGGCAGCACCUUGAGAAAGCGGAAGAUGUAUGAAGAAUUCCUCAGCAAAGUCUCCAUUUUGGAAUCCCUAGACAAAUGGGAGCGGCUGACUGUGGCAGAUGCGUUAGAACCUGUCCAAUUUGAAGAUGGAGAAAAAAUAGUUGUUCAGGGAGAGCCUGGGGAUGACUUUUUCAUCAUCACAGAGGGCACAGCUUCUGUCCUUCAGCGUAGGUCUGACAACGAAGAGUAUGUGGAAGUUGGAAGGCUUGGACCGUCGGAUUAUUUUGGAGAGAUAGCCCUUUUGCUCAACAGGCCCCGGGCUGCCACCGUAGUGGCUCGUGGGCCCCUGAAGUGUGUCAAGUUGGAUCGUCCUCGCUUUGAACGUGUCCUUGGCCCUUGCUCAGAAAUCCUCAAGAGGAACAUCCAGAGAUACAACAGUUUCAUCUCCCUCACCGUUUAAGCCAUUCCUGUUUGCUGCUUUUUACGUUAAAAAUUUGUGCACUUAACAUUUCACCCAUGCUGUUCCAUAGCUUUCUGAAGAAAACAAGAGACGUGUGUAUUUUACAUUUAUUUUUCAAAUGCUCAAGUUAGGAGCACGAGAUAUCCAGUCAUUAUCUUGUGUUAACAAGGGCAUGGAUGGAAGUGGCUUUCAGGAACUAUUUGGAGGGGGUUUUUUACAUCCUGAAUUACAUUCCAGGUUAGCACUGUCACCAAACCUUCCUAACUUUAAGAAUGUAAUUUUUGAACAUUGAAAGCCACAUUGUUGUCUGUUUCGGCAUUUUUUUAAUCUGAUUGUGCUGAACAGCCAGUCCUAUGUAUGUUUUGACAAACUGUAAAUAGAAAAAGAAACCCCAAACCGAGAAAUACUUGAAUAUUCAUCUUUAAAUGCUCUUUUUAUGGAAUUAGAUGUUUCCCAAAACACUACAUUAAAAAACGCCUCCUAGCAUUUAGGUGGGAAUUAGUGAAUGGAGCCAUAGUCCAGUAAGGAGCGACAGAACCAUAAUACCAUUGAAAUCACCAGGUUUAAGCUACCCCAACCCACCCUGGCCAUGAAUAAUGUUCAAAAGAGGGGCCGUCACCAAAGCAGGUUUCCCCUCUAGGACUAUCCUACCCUGCGAUUGCUUGUCAGUGUGAAAAGUCUCUAGCAGGUCUGUUUUUGCUUCCAUUUUGGACAACCUAGUCUGUCCCAGGAUAGCUGGAUCACAGUACCAGCAAGGUGUAAAGGGGUAGGGGUUACUGGCGGCUGGUGCCCAUUGAGACUGGUGGGGCUGAAGGCAGAGAACCCUAACACUAGGUGGAGCCAGAGCCAAGGACAGACAGAGCCAACUCAUUCUGCUUUUGUCCCCAUCCUCCUCGUCCCUGCUGAGUUUUUCAAGGGCAACGCUGAGACUGAAGGGGAAGAGUAAAUCAUAGAAUAGUAGAGUUGGAAAGUGACAGUCAGGGCCACCACUACUAGACCAAACGGAGCAGCCUCCAUUGGCCAGUGUAUAAGCUUCACUCCUCUAGAUCAAAACUUCUUCCUGCCUUAAAGUCACGAUAGCUCUCUAUGGCCCAGGAAUUUGGCCCCAGUGGUGAGGCUGCUUUGGGCAUAGUCCCAUCUCAGGUGACUUGGGCAUAGCAGGGAACCCCACCACUGCCAGAACUAAAACCACACUGCUGUUUGGGGGAAAGUAGAUCUGUGACACCAUUUCCUAUUCUGAAUUACUCAUUCAAUGCAUUAUUGAAGAAGACAGGGAACUGCCUUAUUAUGGGUUAGAUCAUGGCUCUGUCUAGCUCAGCACUGCCUGCUUUGACUGAAAGGUAGAUUUCCAACAGAGAUCUUUCCCUCAGUCCUGCGCCUGACACCCUCUUAAUUGGGGAUGCUGGGAAUUGAACCUGGGACCUUCAGCAUGCAAAACAUGUGCUCUAAGCACUGAGCCAGGGCCCUUCCUCAACCAUCGCACAAGUCGGGUUGGCCUCGAUGGCCUUAUAGGCCCCUUCCAACUCUAUGAUUCUGUGGCUCUUUAUAAAGACAUGGGGAACGAGGCAACUGAUAUUUACAUGAAGUAUACGGAGAACGAAUAUGAUUAAAAUAAUUAAGGCAGGGAAAGGUAAUGGAGCCCCUGCUGUCAAAGAUAGGCCUUUGGAGCAAUUCUGAGGGAGCAAAAGUGUACUUGACGUGUGAUCCCUGAUCAGAUUUCUCAAUUUAAAAGCAAACAACCUUUAAAGCAACGCAGGUGAGCUCCGAUUUUGAUUCAAGAAAUGGAACAGGAGCAGAAUAUUUUCUCAGUUUAACUUUCUUUCCCCCCUCACCCCCCCAAAGCAGCUAUUAGAUUUGCUGAGGCUAAUAAUAAUAAUUAAUAAUAAUAAUACAAGUGCAAAAUGACUGUUUGGGGCCAAAAAAGUUGAUUAAAAAGUUGCAUUCAGUUUCACUUGUAAAGGGGGCAGCAGGGUGGAAAGAAACCUUCCCAAAAUGAGAUGAUUUCAUGCAUUAAUGUAACAUCUCCCUUUGAGUGUUGUAUAUGGUACAGUGGCCCUUCUUCACAUCUGUGAUCCUCCCACAUUUACAUUGCAACAGCUUCAUUACAGUGCUUGACCACUGUGUAUGCUGUUUCAGCAGGAUAUAAUUCUGGACCUUUGGGUGAAAGAAUGUCCCUCCACUCCAAGAAUGCAGAAUGAUUAUUAUGUAUUAUUUAUUGAAUUUAUAUCAUGCCCUUCCUCUCAAAGGAACCCAAUGUGGCGAACAUAACAAAAACAAUUGAACAAGAAAAAGAAAAGCAUUCUAAAAACAGUUUGAAACAUUCUAAAACACAGUUACAGUUUACAAUGUUCUAAAACACAUUCACAGUUAAAAACAUUAUUUCAUCAGUGAUCAUCAGGUCACUAGGAAUAGUCCCCUUCAGCCAUCAAAUGCCUAGGUAAAGAAAGUGGCCAUUUCUGCAUUGAGGCAUAAAAAAGAUGUUAGGGCAGACAGCAAAUACAAAGGACCAUUUUUUGAGGGGUAACAAAUAUGCAUCCAACCACUUGAUAAGCCAGAGUGUCUGCCCCGCUGCACAUGGAGAAGAAUCUUGCUAUUCCCUCUGCUGUUUCCCUGAACUUUGAUCAGUUGCCAAAGCGUAGUAAGAUUCACCUCACCUCUUGGCAGGGCAAUAUAGAUGAUCAUCUUACCAAGGGUUAAGUUACCACUUAGCGAGGACUCAAGAGAUGAAGGAAGCAUCAAAGAAAAAGGAGUUCAAAUUCAUAAGGUUGUUUCCAAUUAAGUUCUACUUGGUGUAAACCUAAGUCCCUAAAUUAGUCUUGCCUAUUAAUUUCAAUGGGUCUACUCUGAGUAGGCCUGGCCUUGGACACAACCCAUAGCUUUUUAGGACCCGAAGAUGUGAAACAAUUAAUUAGAUUUUUCACACUUCCAAAGUUUGCAAACGUUUGCAAAGUUUGGAUCUCUUUGCUAGGGGAGUAGCUGAGUUUGCACGCCCUAACUACAGGUUUAGUAACUGUUUGCAUAAAGUUUCAAUUCAAAUUUGAUGCUUACAAAAGCAGGAAAUUGUUGUAUUCUGACAGUAAUUAAUUUGAGUGCUACUCUGUUUUUUUGAAUCUGCUUUUAGAUUUGUAGUUAGGUUGUCCACCUUCUAAACUCACUAAUUUAACACUCUGAUCAAGUUGUCCUCCAAUAUUUAACUCCAUUUACUGCAGGCACGAUUCUGCAGGAUUCUGCAAGCCCCUUUGAAAUGUACAGGAGCUGCCCACUGGAUUGUGUCUUGUGCCAUUAAUUUCAGGAUGGGAUCCUGUAUCUGCAAGAAGAGUUUCUGUCUCAUGGGUUCUCACACACACACACUUUGUUUGAUCUUUGUAAUGUGUAUUUAUGAUUCUUGUUUAUGACCUUGAUUGCCAUUUUUGCAUGCAUUACGAAAUGUGGAAAAUCAGAUGCUGUGUUAGAUAACUGGUAAUGUAAUGGCACCAUCUAAAAAGAUUUUUUAAAAAUGCAACAUAUGUAAUACUUAUCUAAGAUUUAGUUCCUGUGAACUGUUUUGGUAUUCUGUGCAGAUUUUUUUUAUAGAAAAGGCGCUUUUUAAAAAGGGGGGAAAUGAAUGUUUAAUUACUCCUUCUGUUUGCUUAUUGCAAUUCUGUGACUGCAUUGGUUAAAAAAUGUGACUGAUGUAAUGUGCAGGAAACAUUUGAUCACGUUUGAUCGCAUUGUGAAGAGCAUCAGACAGUGCAAAGGUUUACAGAUAUAAAAAGUUGGGGUGCAAUUCAACAAAUAAUACAAGUCCCGUUGAAACAGACAGAAUUGGGGGCCCAGCUACAGAUUACAUAAACAGGGCUGAAAUGUAUAAAUUGAGUAAGUAGCUAAAUUAAAUUCAGUUUUAAAAAGUUUAAUGGAUUAAAAAAGUGUUGCUGAUAAAUUGACCAACAAUUGAUGGGACUAGUCACCAUUUCUGAAGUGGUUAUAAGAUGUUUUGCUGUCUUAUCUUGAGAGACGUGAGAUUUUUUUGUCCAUGAGAAGUGACAAAAGACCUAACUGCUGCAUUACUGUUUGGGGCAGGGUAUAUUUGAAAGAUGUAAAAAAAAGAAAAGAAAUGGACUGCCUUCAAGUUGAUCCCAAUUUAUGUGAAUAGGGUGUUCAUGGUAAGCAGUAUUCAGAGGUGGUUUUACCAUUGCCUCCCUCUGAGGCUGAGAAGCAGUGACUGGCCCAAGGUCACCCAGUGAGCUUCAUGGCUGUGUGGGGAUUCGAACCCUGGUCUCCCAGGUUAUAGUCCAACACUCUAACCACUACACCACACUGGCUCUCAAACAAAACAAAACAUUUAUUCCCCUAGACAAGAGCUGUUGUUCUUCAUAUCUUUGCAGCCCUUUUUAAUCCUCUUUCCUCUAUACAUGUGGGCAGGAAGGGUAGUAAGGGUUUUUUUGGGGGGGAGGGGUAGCAUCUUUUUGUGGAUUUGCAAGACUGAACUCCAGUGCACAGAUAAAUACUUAAGUAUUAUUAAUUUCAAAUGGGACUCUGGCCCACCUGAUACUUCUGGAUUGCACCCAUUCUCUUCCAGACUCCUGUUGUUUGGCCAAAACCACAUUGCAAUUAUUGUUGUAUCUGUUCCAAGAAAAAUCAAAAACAGGGACCACUGGAGUUCAUUUCAGUGGAAACAAAACAAGCAAUGUUGUGUUUUCAAGAUUACUGAUUGGGAUGAUGAGA